AUGGCCUGCCUUGCUACUAGCUUCUGUGGGUUUCCUAGCUGCUCCACAGGUGGAACCUGUGGCUCCAGCUGCCCCCAGACGAGCUGCUGCCAGCCAACCUGCCCCCAAACCAGCUGUUGCCAACCAUCUUGCUCCCAGACCAGCUGCAGUGGAACCAGCUGUGGCCAGAAGGGUGGCUCUGGAGCUGUGCUCUGUCGCACCCGCUGGUGUCGCCCUGACUGCCGUGUGGAGAGCACCUGCCUGCCUCCUUGCUGUGUGGUGAGCUGCACUCCUCCAACCUGCUGCCAGCUGCACCAUGCCCAGGCCUCGUGCUGCCGCCCCUCCUACUGUGGCCAGUCCUGCUGCCGCCCAGCCUGCUGUUGCCACUGCUGUGAACCCAGCUGUACCCAGUCCAGCUGUAGCCAGCCCAGCUGCACCCAGCCUACCUCCUCCGAGCCCACCUGCAGCCAACCCAGCUGCACCGAGCCCACUGCCUGUGAGCCCACAUGCAGCCAGCCAGCCUGUUAG